AAGGGCUUUCCCGCUGCAUCCUCCCACCCAGAGGCGGCGCCACGUGUCAGGUCGUGGAUGGGUCCUGAGAUCACUGGACAGCAUGUAAAGACCCUGCAGCUAACGUGGAUUGCUAAGAGGACCCCGAGCUGCUGGCUGCCAAGAUGCCUGUCUGUAAAGCGCCGUGUAGUAGCGCAGGGUGUCCACGGGGUGGCGCUGCGUUGCACCAGAGAAGACGACUUCAGUGUGACAGCUGUUGGUCAGUGUUCACACUGCAGCAUAUCUCGCUUUCACCUGCUCCGCUGAUUCCAUGAUCUGAUGCGCUCCUGUGGCGCGCGCCUGGAGAGCCGUGCGCGUGCCACGCGCUGCUGUGAAGGUGCCAUGAAAUGAAGAAAAGUCCGCUGCGGUGGGGAAGAGCGGUGUUUAUAAGAGCGCGUAUGGGAACAGAGGAGGAAUCGGAUUACGAGCGCACUCGACUACGAUGGCCAGAAACACAUCUCUUUAUUUUCGCAUUGUCGAGGGCAGGAACCUCCCGGCCAAAGACGUCUCUGGAACCAGUGAUCCAUACUGCAUUGUAAAAGUCGACAAUGAAGUUGUGGCCAGGACGGCCACAGUGUGGAAGAACCUCAAUCCUUUCUGGGGUGAAGAAUAUACGCUGCACCUGCCCAUGGGUUUCCAUUCCCUGUCCUUUCACGUCAUCGACGAAGACACCAUCGGCCACGACGACGUCAUUGGAAAGAUCACUCUGAGCAAAGAUGCCAUCCGAUCUCAAGCGAAAGGUGUGGACAGCUGGCUGAACCUGACGCGGAUCGACCCGGACGAAGAGGUCCAGGGGGAGAUCCACCUGAGUCUGGAGCUGCUGAAAGACACAGACAAGAUCAGUCUGCGGUGUCAGGUCAUCGAAGCCAGAGACUUGGCUCCGAGAGACAUCUCCGGGACCUCUGAUCCGUUUGCAAGAGUUAUUUUUAACAACCACAGUGCCGAGACUUUGAUCAUCAAGAAAACCCGUUUCCCUCACUGGGGAGAGACACUGGAGCUGGAGCUGGAUCCGGAGGAACUGAGUGAGGAAGGGAACGUCACUGUGGAGGUCUGGGACUGGGACAUGGUCGGCAAGAACGACUUUCUGGGCAAGGUGGAGAUACCCUCUGCCUGUCUGCACAAGACGCCUCUGUUGGAGGGCUGGUUCCGUUUGCUGCCCCUGGGAAACAACGACGUCGAUGCAGGCGGGAAACUGGGGGCGCUGCGUCUGAAGGUGCGUUUGGUGGAGGAUCGGAUUCUUCCGUCUGUUUACUACCAGCCUCUCAUUGACCUCCUGGUGGAGUCCGUCAUCUCCCCCGCAGAGGUGGAGGACAGCAGCGCUCUCACCAUGCUGGAGGACGUGACGACGGUCGAGAGCCGCCAAGACGUGGCGAUGACCCUGGUGAAGAUCUACCUGGGCCAAGGCCUGGUGGUGCCCUUCCUGGAUUACCUGAACACUCGCGAGGUCAACCACACCACUGAUCCCAACACUUUAUUCCGCUCUAACUCACUUGCCUCCAAAGCCAUGGAACAAUUCAUGAAGGCCGUCGGCAUGCUGUACCUGCACGAGGUGCUGAAGCCCAUCAUCAACCGCAUCUUCGACGAGAAGAAGUACAUCGAGCUGGACCCGUGUAAGAUCGACCUGAACCGCACGAGACGAAUUUCCUUCAAAGGCGCCGUGUCAGAGGCGGAGGUCCGGGACAGCAGCGUGGAAAUGCUCCAAAGCUACUUGACCAGCAUCAUCGAGUCCAUCGUGGGCUCAGUGGACCAGUGUCCUGCCGUCAUGAGGGUGGCCUUCAAACAGCUGCACAAGAGAGUGGAGGAGCAAUUUGCCGAACCUGAGAACGAGGACGUGAAAUAUCUGGCCAUCAGUGGAUUCUUCUUCCUGCGCUUCUUCGCUCCGGCGAUCCUCACGCCGAAGCUGUUCCAGCUGAGAGACCAGCACGCCGACACUCGCACCAGCAGAACACUGUUACUGCUCGCCAAGGCGCUGCAGAGUGUCGGGAACCUGGGCCUUCAGCUGGGUCACGGGAAGGAGCAGUGGAUGGCGCCUCUCCAUCCCAUCAUCCUCCGCAGCGUGGCGUCCGUCAAAGACUUCCUCGACAAGUUGAUCGACAUAGAUCACGACAUCGUGUCGGAGGUUCCUCAGAGAGCCGUGUUCAUACCCUCGGUGGCGGUGAAAGAGGGAUACCUGCACAAGCACAAGGCUGAGGGGCCGCAGCUGCUGUCGCGCUUCGCCUUCAAGAAGCGCUACUUCUGGCUGACGAGCGAGACGCUGUCCUAUGCCAAGACGCCUGAUUGGCAGGUGCGCUCCUCCAUCCCCAUCCAGUGUGUGUGUGCCGUGGAGAGGGUGGACGAAAAUGCCUUCCAGCAGCAGAACGUGAUGCAGGUCAUCACCCAGGACAACGACGGCCAGACCAACACCAUGUACAUGCAGUGCAAGAACGUGAACGAGCUGAACCAGUGGCUGUCGGCGAUCAGGAAGGUCAGCAUCUACAACGAGCACAUGCUGCCCUCGUUCCACCCCGGCGCUCACCGCAGUGGCAAGUGGACCUGUUGCCUGCAAGCGGACCGCGCUGUUACAGGCUGCAGUAGAACCCACUCAGCAGUGACUCUGGGUGACUGGAGCGACCCGCUGGACCCUGACGUCGAGACGCAGACCAUUUACAAGCAGCUUUUCCAGGGCAGAGAUAAACUGAGGAAAAAAUAUCUGGAGCUGCCAGACGCGGAUGAGACGCUGAGGGAUAAAGCUCAGCUCUCUGACAUUCACCCUGACGGUGCAGAAUGCGACGCCCAGCGCCCGAAGCCUGGUCCGAGCGUCACCGCGCGGCUGCUGGCCGUCGUCGACGACCUGGAGCGGGCUCACGACACCUUCCAGCGCAGAGAGAAGCAGGAAGCCGCCAGUGUCAUUCUGAAUCCGUAGACUCACGU